AUGACGCUAGCUGCCGAACGCUUCGACCUUGGACGUGAGGUUGCGUGGGGCGAAACGGGUGAAUGGCCACGGACGAGCGAAGCCACGAGCACGAGCACGAGCACGAGCGACUUUGCAAUCGUCGGCUGUGCCAUGGAGUUGGAAUCUUUACAGUGCGUGGGCAGUCUUGGUUGCUGGCCAUGAGCAGAGCGAGUCCGGAUCCGCUGCUCAGUGCUGUGUCGCCAAUAGCAUGGCCGAGACAGAGACAGAGGCGACAUCGGUCCACUUGUUUUCCCUGCAGCUGCGAUCCGCGGGACCCUCGCACUCAGACUCGUGCUCGCUCUUCUACCCCCAAAUGCUGAUCCCGGACGUCGCUAUGCCGCCAUUUUCCAGCCAUUGCCCCUCGAGCGAGCCCUGCCCUAGCAAGCCAGCCGGCAGCAGCCUAUGGCAGCUCGGAAAAGGCCGGAAGAGCAUGGGUGACACAUAGGCAUGGACUUACACCUACUGCAGGUUUGUUGUGUGUGUGGGAAAAAACUCAGGGCCAGGGAUCGUGGGCCUUGGGCGUGC